AUGCACGAGUUGCAGCGCAAGAUAGAGGGACGCGACGAGUCACCGGAGCCUCGGGACGCCCUGGCCACACCUUUCACGAAGGACAUCAUGGCUAAGCCCCAGCCUCGGGACUUCCGAUUCCCGGCCAUCAAACCUUACACGGGGGCGACUGACCCACGAGAUCAUCUCAACAGGUACAAGGCAGUCAUGAUGAUGACGGGCGUCAAUGACGCAAUCAUGUGUCGCGGCUUCUGCACAACUCUGGAUGGCCAGGCCCAAGACUGGUUCGGGUCCUUGCCGGGGGAGUCCAUCCCCAGUUUUGCCAUCCUAGCUAUGAAGUUUAUGUCACACUUCGCGGGCAGCAUACAACGAAGGAAACAGUUCGCCUACCUGUGCUACCUGAAGCAACAGAAGUCGGAGACCUUGGCGGAGUACCUGAGCAAGUGGAAGAAGGAGGCCAUGGGGGUGACCAAUUUCGACAUAAGGUCCGCCAUCCCAUUCUUCACAAACAAUCUCAGGUCUGAUCCUUUCCACAGCGACCUCGUCCGGAAUGAGCCAAAGACGUACACGGAGUCGAUGGAUCGCGCCGCGCGUUAUGCCAAUGCCGAGGCAGCAGAGAAGAGGAAGGAGGAAGAAGAAGGCCGGGGAUGCGGCGACAAGGCACCUCAACCCCAGGAGGAUCGCCGCCCGUCGCGAUCACGCCGUGAUCGGGGUCCCCCCUAG